GGAGAAUCACAAUAGACUUCUUACAUACUACGUGGUGAGCAAUAGUUGUAAAAAUUUAUAUAAAACUCUUAUACCUUCUAUUCUCAAGCUAAACUAGUAGCCAAAUCUUGCUUAAUUCGCCAUCCACAUUUGAACAUGGACAACCUUCUAUUUAAUUAUGAUCAGCCUUUUUAGAAGAGCAUCAUCCAUUUGUUGAUCAAUGGCCCCCUAUAAGAAGUACUGUACCUAGAAGGGGUUGUUAGUUACGUUGAGCAAACAUGAUGUAUGAUACUUUACUUUCAAGAAGCUUUAGCAAGCACGAACAGAAGAAGUUGAAAUAUGGAGGAUUCAUCACUUGCUUCCUCGUUGUAUUCAGCUUCUGCACCAUCUUUAAGCCUUAUUUGAGUCCUCUUCCAGUUUUGAACUUGCGGCUGUCAAUUGAACCAGGCCAGAAGUUGCUAAUUUUGAAUGACACGGACAGCUCUCAGCAAAUAAUCAGGGAAUCAGAAACUACAACCAAGAAUAUGGAAAUGGCAAGUGAUACAAGCAGCUCCAAUCAAGUAGCUACAAAUGCAGAAAAUACAAGAAAGAAUGAUGAAGGAAGCAGCUCCCAGCAAAUUAUAGUCAAGGGUGCACAAAAUUCUAUGAACAGUAAAUUAAAGGUCAACAAUGCAAACAAACCUCAGCAUCUAGCCAGUGUAGGCAUGGCAAAAGAGAAUAAAGUUGAGCCAGCAGUAUGCAAUUUGAUGGAAAGAUCAGAUUUCUGUGAGCUAAAAGGUGACAUCAGGAUUGAUGCGAACUCCUCCACUAUUUUCAUUGUCUCAUCUGGAAAUGAUAAUCUAGCAGCAACAAACACUUCAUGGAGUAUCAGGCCUUACGCACGGAAAGGUGAUGCAGCAGCAAUGAGACACACCAGGGAGUGGUCAGUGAAACAGGUAAGCAAUCACCGGAAAAUCCCCGAAUGCACCCAGAAUCACAAUGCUCUGGGAAUCAUUUUUUCUCUCGGAGGAUAUUCAGGGAAUCAUUUCCAUGCCUUCACCGACAUCAUUGUACCGUUAUUCUCAACUGCUCGACCAUUUAAUGGAGACGUGCAGUUCCUAGUUACGGACAGACAACCUUGGUGGAUUGCAAAGUUCAGGAUAUUGUUGAAGGCAUUGUCUAGAUAUGAAGUCAUUGACAUUGAUAAGAGAGAAGAAAUCCAUUGCUUCACAAGCAUUACAAUAGGUCUUAAACGUCAAUCUAACAAAGAACUGAAUAUUGAUCAGUCGAAGUCCAGAUAUUCAAUGAAAGACUUCAGGCAGUUCUUGAGAAGUUCUUACUCGUUAAGGAAGACAACAGCAAUCAAAUUCAUGAAAGGUACUGGUAGGGAGAAAAACAGAAGGCCUCGGCUUCUGAUAAUUUCAAGAAAGAGGUCACGAGCAUUCACUAAUGUUGGCGAAAUUGCUAAGAUGGCUAAAGGGUUAGGAUAUAAAGUAGUCGUGGAUGAACCUGAUGCAGAUGUAUCAAGAUCUGCACAGGUUAUGAAUUCUUGUGAUGUUGUUUUGGGAGUUCAUGGAGCUGGUUUGACUAACAUGGUUUUCCUUCCAGACAAUGCUAUCUUGAUCCAGGUAGUUCCUUUUGGGGGGGCAGAAUGGGUAUCAAAAAUUUUUUUUGAAGAGCCUUCGAAAGAUAUGAAUAUAAGGUACUUGGAAUAUAAGAUCAGUAUAGAAGAAAGUUCUUUAGUACACCAAUACCCUUCUGAUCAUGUGGUUUUAAGGGACCCAUCUGUGAUACAAAAUCAGGGUUGGGAAGCAUUUAAGUCAAUAUACUUUGAUAAGCAAAAUGUAAAGAUUGAUUUGAAUAGGUUUAGACCAACUUUAUCGAAAGCUUUAGAGCUUCUUCAGCAGUAAAUUUAGAGUUCCUUUCUCUUAGGAUAGAAAUAAGAAAAGACAACUUUUCUAUA